AUGGAGCGCAUCAUGAGGGCCGUGCCCUUCUGGCAGCCGUUGCACGAGAAGGAGAUUCUGCCCACGGCGGAGUCCGACUUGGAGGACGAGAUGAUGGGCAAGCGCUGGCGGGAUGCCGCCCUGGGUGCCCUGCUCCUCAUCGGAGUGGCUGUGGCCAUGGCCCAGUUCUUCGCUUUCGUCGGCAACCUCGUGGCCCAAAGGACGGCGUCGAAGAAACCUGUCGCUUCGAGCAGUAAUGCCUCUGUGCUGAUAGUCAACGAGGGCCCCUCCGAGACCAGGCCAAUGCUGAAAGCGCCUGAGGAGGAGAGUGCAGGCUCCGCCGAGGGGGCAGAGACUCUCGCGUUUCCGGACUGCGACUCCCCCGCUGGGACUCAGUUCUUCUGCCUGCUGCAUGCCGCUGUUUACUAUGUGCUGCACAACGGAUUCCUCUUGGCCGGGGCGUCAGUGACAUGGGAUGAUUUUCUCCUCGUGAAGUUCCUGCGUGCCAUUGUCAUACAGCCCAACCUACUGGUGAUCUGUCGAGGAAUGCUCAUGAUGAUGCUUGCCUUCGUUGUAAGUAUUAUGGAAUCGGCCGUCCGCUAUUCGGGCCAUCCGGGAACGGCCCCUGCAACCGCGCCCGCCAAGGUCCUGAUGUCGUGGUCCAUGACGAACAACCUGAUGCUCGGAAGCGCGGGCAUUGUCUGGGAGGCCAUGGGCCUCUGGCUGGUCGCCAGCCUCUCAGCCGUGCUGGCCGUGGACGUCCUGGGCUACCUUGGCCGCGCCAUUCAGGCCCUGGAAAUGCUGGCCCACGGCUGCGUGGAUUGGCCGGAAGGUGCCAAGCCCCGCGAUGCCAAUGAUGAUGUCUGCCCGGAGCUCGUGGAAGCAUAUGGAACACGCUCACCUCUGCCUGUCGCUGAGAUCGCUCCCAUUCUGGGACCCAGAGUGGAUCUGCUGAAGGAUGCCGCUGCGGGGGCAGGGAGCCGGAAGCCUGUCGACUGCGUCUUCACGGCUUCCGUGUUGCAGCUGGCCGCCUGUGCGGAAGACUCGGGAACUCGACAACGGGGCCGGGUGCUGAAGU